GCACGAGAACGGCACAAGCACUGGACGAAUCUAACUAAUCCUCCGACAGCCAACACCAACCACCGCCACCGUCGGAGAUCACCUUAAUCUCCGCCAGCAGAGUUAAUAAUACGAUGGGCUCAGCUCCACCUGAAGACCCAACACCUUCAAAAGACGAAGAAGCCUGCCAUCUUCUAUCCUCCUCCUCUCUACCCUCACCUUCACCGUCGCCGUUAGUUGACGCCAGCUUAAGAAAAUGUCUACAAGAACAAGAAGAAGAAGAAGUGGCAUACGAAUCCCGAGAUAAAAUUUUGGUCGUGGAUAUUGAAUCAGACGGUGCAGAUUACUCAACAGUGCCACCUUUCUCGUUCAAGAAAUUAUGGUUAUUUACCGGUCCGGGUUUUCUAAUGAGUAUAGCGUUUCUAGAUCCGGGUAAUUUAGAAGGGGAUUUACAAGCGGGUGCAAUUGCGGGUUAUUCUUUAUUAUGGUUGUUAAUGUGGGCCACGGCAAUGGGCCUACUGAUACAGCUUUUGUCGGCGAGGAUUGGUGUGGCGACCGGGAAACACUUGGCUGAGCUUUGCCGGGAAGAGUAUCCGAAUUGGGCUCGGAUUUUGCUUUGGUUCAUGGCGGAGGUAGCUUUAAUUGGAGCUGAUAUUCAGGAGGUUAUUGGGAGUGCUAUUGCUAUUCAGAUUCUUAGCCGGGGAGUUUUGCCCUUGUGGGCGGGCGUUUUGAUUACUGCCUCUGACUGUUUUUUAUUUUUGCUUCUUGAGAACUAUGGAGUGAGGAAGUUGGAAGCUGUUUUCGCAGUUCUUAUCUCGACCAUGGCUAUAUCCUUUGCUUGGAUGUUUGGUGACACAAAGCCCAGUAGAAAUGAACUUCUAAUAGGUCUUUUGGUACCAAAGCUCAGCUCAAGAACUAUUCAUCAGGCUGUUGGAGUAGUAGGUUGUGUCAUAAUGCCUCACAAUGUGUUUUUGCAUUCUGCUUUGGUACAAUCAAGGAAAAUUGACCCCAACAAGAAAGGGCAGGUUCGAGAAGCACUCACUUACUACUCAAUUGAAUCUUCAGUCGCCCUCUUUGUUUCCUUCAUGAUUAAUGUAUUUGUAACAACUGUUUUUGCCAAGGGGUUUUACGGUAGUAAACAAGCUGAUGGUAUAGGGUUAGUAAAUGCUGGACAAUAUCUUCAAGAGAAAUAUGGUGGAGGAUUGUUCCCCAUUCUCUACAUUUGGGGUAUUGGAUUAUUAGCAGCUGGACAAAGUAGCACCAUAACUGGAACUUAUGCUGGCCAGUUUAUCAUGGGAGGUUUUCUAAAUCUUCGUCUAACGAAAUGGCUGAGGGCAUUGAUCACUCGUAGUUGUGCCAUUUUGCCUACUGUUGUGAUAGCCCUUAUUUUCAACAGAUCUGAGUCAUCACUGGAUGUUCUAAAUGAAUGGCUUAAUGUGCUUCAGUCCAUACAGAUACCUUUCGCUCUUAUUCCACUUCUCACCUUGGUUUCGAAGGAACAGGUUAUGGGAGUCUUUCGGAUUGGGCCCACUCUGGAGAAAGUAGCUUGGACCGUGGCUGCCCUGGUGAUAGUGAUUAAUGGGUAUCUUUUGCUAGACUUUUUCUCCUCUGAAGUUCAUGGAUUGCUCUUUGGUUUCCUGGUUUGUGCGGGAACUGUUGCAUAUCUAGCAUUUAUCUUAUAUCUGAUAUCGCGUGGUGGUGGUCCUUUUUCAAAUUGGAUCAACAUACCGCUCUUCAAGGUGUUUACAACAUCUGGAAAUUAAGGCAAAAACUUCUUCUUUAGGUCAAGAAUUAAAAUUAUCACCAAAA